AUGCGUCGUUCAAAGCAGCACAACGUGGAGAAGAUCGGCCAGGUCGCGUUGAUAGUGAUUGUACUCAUAUCUCCGAUAGGGGGGCUACUGUUGUUUCCAUCCACCACGGUGCUUCAGCUCACCUCGUCCAUCUCGAUACCCCUCGACCUACCCACACGCACCAAGGUCUUCGUGGACAUGGGCUUCCAGAUGAACUAUAACUUGCCCACCACAGUAUCGGCAUUCUACAACGCCUCCAUCUGGGCGGACGAGCUGUCACGGCGACAAAAGCGCCACUUGCCAAAUAGUUCUGAUGCGGAUCUAAAAAGCUUGGAUCAGGAACAGGAAGAUGCCAUGCACCCAGGUGACUUCACAGCAGGUCAGAUGUACUUGGGGCUGGAGAACUUGCUUGAGACCUAUGGAGUCCACCGAUCCUGUCUGCUGCGCUGUGUUUGUGAACUAGCCCGGCAUCCUUUUGCGGAAAAUCAUUACUAUGCGCUGGUUACCCAGGCCAUCACCUUUCUGCUUACACCUUCCCAGCACGAGGGUUUCUCCCAGGAUGAGAAGCAUUACCGCGACAAAUAUGAAAGAGCCGAACAGAUUGGCUUCCUGGGAGGAGAGUGCCACCUCUCGUAUCCUAGCUGUGACACAGACAUAAUAAACUUAGCCACCCGACUGGUCAGAUGAAAUAAAGAUAAUCGAAUAGCC